CGGUUGCCCCCUUUUCACACCCCGACGGGUGACGUUCAAGCAAGGCACUUCGCAGCCGGAGUCUUCUCCCGACAUGCGCGUGCUCCUGCUCUGCGUGUGCACGACAACGUGGAUGCUCAGUGUGCACGUCUCCGACGGACACCGGAACCGACCCACACCCCGCGAAGCCGGCCACGGCCCCGGCCCCGGCCCGCGGACGCGGACGCGGAGGCCGGCGGAGGAGAGGAGGCGGCACGCGGGACUCGUCCGACCGGAGCCGCCCGGGAAGCGCAGAUGGGGCAUGUGUGCAGAUCCGCCGGCGGGGCUGAAGACCACCACGUGUGUCAAACGGCGUUGCCCCCCCGGUUGCCGCGGCGCCCCCUGGUGUCCCAAAGGCGUCUGCGCGGUUCCCAAGGCGACGCCGCCGCCUGCCAAUCAGCUCGCCCCGCCCGCUUGGUUGAGUCCCGAAUCGGAGGACUCCGGACCGAAUAUUGCCGCUAAUUUUUCGACGGGAGCGGCAAAAACGACUUUUCUAAGUCUGCGCGAGGCUCAGGCCGUCCUUAUGAAGAAGAUGGCGGCAGGAAGGAGAGACAAGAUGGCCGCCGUUCUGAUGAAGCAUAUCGAGAAGGCGAAGAAGAAGCCGGACGUCCGCACGUCGUUUUCUGGCGCCGGCGCCGACACGGCCGCAGUUGUGUGUCGUCUGCUGUGUAAGAACGGAGGUGUGUGUCUGCUGAAGGAUCGAUGCCUGUGCCCCUCCAACUUUACCGGAAAGUUCUGCCAGAUCCCCGUCUUGUCUCAGCCUUCCUCGCGAGCCCCGCCCUCCUCCUCCUCCUCCGCACUCAAUGAGGUCGUCAAGCCCCCCCGCCUGUCUGUCAUGGCGGCCAACGCGGAACUGACCCGGUCUGAGUUCCUGCUGCCGUUGGGGGGUCAAAACCAGGACUUAGCAGCGGGAAGCGCCGGAGCAUCCCUGGUGAAGGUGAGCGUUCAGCACCCCCCCGAGGCCAGCGUGAAGGUCCACCAGGUGACCGAGGUGUCAGGAAUGGUCCCGGCGCCGCGGCCGCUCUCCUCGCUGUCCGGGUCCGCGGGGGCUCCGGCGCCGGUGCGGGGCGACGACAUUUAUGCCCAACACGCCGGCUUCAAGUACUGCUUCAGAGAGGUCAAAGACGGACAGUGCAGUUCUCCUCUGUCGGGCCUGCGGAGCAAAGAGAUGUGCUGCCGAGGUCCGGGAAAGGCCUGGGGCUCCACCCAAUGCGCCCUCUGCCCUCCGCACGCAGGUCCAAACAACAACAACAGCUGUCCUGUCGGCUUCCAACCAGGCAACGGAACAAAAUGCCUCGACGUGAACGAGUGCCUGCAGCCCGGCCUUUGCGACAACGGCCUGUGCGUGAACACGGCGGGGAGCUUCAGUUGCGUUUGCAAGCGCGGCUUCAUCCUGGACGCCUCGCACGGACUCUGCAUCUCCCAGAGCGUGAUAUCACAGGAGAAGGGUCAGUGCCACCGGGUCCUGGGUUGGGGUCGGGGCCCGUCCUCCUGCUCGCUGCCCAUCCUCAGGAACAUCACCAAGCAGAUCUGUUGCUGCAGCCGGGUGGGCAAGGCCUGGGGACCCCAAUGCCAGCGCUGCCCCGACUUCGGCUCGGCGGCUUUCAAGGAGAUCUGUCCUGCCGGUCCGGGCUACCAUUACUCCGCCUCCGCCCUGCAGUUCAGCCAGAGAGCUGCUGAUCAACUGGGCGCCCGAGGAGCGCAGCUGGUAACCAACGGCGACAAACAACAUCAGGAUGCCGCUACUUCUAGUGGAGCUAACAAGUCCCGGCAGAAACCCGCCGCCGGCUUACCCAGUCCGCCUCCACCUCGCCCAGCUGUCAGCCUGCCGCCAUCGAGACCUGUCAACGCUGGCAACGCUCCCCGCCAGGAACCUCAAACUCCGGACCGGACCGGAGCCCAGCCGAGCCGACCAAGACCAACCGCCUAUUCUAUCAGACCGCCGCAACAGUCCGGCGGUGGUCAAAGUAUUGAUCGAAACCAAGGAAACUUUGGGACUCGUGACACGAGUCAGAGCCGAGGCAUCGUCGGGAAUCAAGGCUCGAGUCAGAGUCGAAACACUAGUAGAAGCCAAAGCUCAAGCCAGAAACAAGACACUAGCAGGAACCUAGGCACCAACCAGAACCAAGGCACAAUUAGGAGUCAAGACACUACCAGGAACCAAGUCAGCAGUCAGAACCCAAGAAUCAGCCAAAACCAAGGUAUGGCCAAGAACGAGGGCUCAAGUCAGAACCAAGACGCGACCAGGAAUCAAGGCAUCAGCCAAAACCGCGGCACAUCCAGAAACCAAACCUCAAGUCAGAGCCAAAGCGCUCCCCAGAACCGAGACACUGUCCGACCACAAGUAACGAGUCAGAACCAAGGGAUUAGCAGAAGCCAAAUUCCCAAUGGGAAGCAGACCAACAGUGGGAGGCAAACCACAAGAGUUGGCGGAAGCACCCAAAUCUCCGGCGGUAGUCAAGGCACCAAUCAGUAUCAAGGCAGCGGCAGAGGUCAAGUCACCAACCAAAACCAAGGCUCCAGCAGGAACCAAGGUGGGAAUGACGGUUCUACUCAGAACCAAGAAACAAGCAGGAGUCCCAGUACCGGCCAAACCCAAGGUCUGGUGGCAGGAAGAGGCGAGUCCUUUCCAGGACCUGCUCCAUCGAUCCCCAAGCGAGAUUCCAGUCCCGGUGGUGAUCUCCCACCUCUCAAGAGGCCGCAGACUACCACGCAGCCACCUCGAGUCCAUUAUGUGAAUGAGUGUGUUGUGUCAGGAGGUGUGUGUGAUCCAGGUGAGUGUGUGAACACUGGAGCCGGCUACCGAUGUAUUUGCCCACCCGGAUACAAGACUACCCCACGGAAGACCAGCUGUGACGACGUAGACGAGUGCGAGGAUCCGUUGGUUUGUCCCGGUCAGGAAUGCGUCAACAGUCCCGGGUCGUACCGUUGCAUCUCCUGUCAGCCCGGAUUCGGACUUCUCAACGGACUGUGCACAGACAUUGACGAGUGCGUUGGAGCUCCGUGCUCCGACGGGACCUGCGUAAACACGCCCGGAAGCUUCCGGUGCCUCUGUCGCCAUGGUUACAAGCUCCACAACUUCACCUGCGCAGACGUGGACGAGUGCGCGGAUCCGUCUCGGUGUCCCGGUCGGAUGUGCGUCAACUCUGCGGGCUCGUAUCGUUGUGCGCCGUGCCGCCCGGGGUACGCGCUGACCGACAAACAUUGCACAGACGUGAACGAGUGCGAGGAUGGCGGAGUGUGUCCCGGUGGGCAGUGUGUCAACACCGAGGGCUCCUACAAGUGCGUGGACUGUCGCCAAGGUUACCGAUCGGUCAACGGACUGUGUGAAGACGUGGACGAGUGCGCAAGUGCGUCCGCUUGCGAGGCCGCGCGGGUGUGCGUCAACACCGUCGGCUCGUUCCGCUGCGACUGCCUCCCGGGGUAUCGAACCUUCGGUUGGGGGCCAGCGUGCAGAGAUAUUGACGAGUGCUUGGAGGAGAACUGGUGCCCCCCCGCAGGAGAAUGCGUCAACACGCCGGGCUCGUACAAGUGUUUGUGUCCUCAAGGCUACGCGCUCGGCGGCGACAAAAAGACCUGCGUCGACGUGAACGAGUGCGCGAGGCCCGACGUGUGCGCGGACGGCGACUGCUUGAACACCGACGGCUCCUUCGCCUGCAAAUGUCGGCGCGGGUUCGCCGGCAACCCGGAGGGCGACGCCUGCCUCGACGUGGACGAGUGCGUGUCGUCCGGCGGUUCCCUUUGCCGAGACUCCGAGCGGUGCGAGAACACCGUGGGCUCGUACCGCUGCCUCGCUUCCUGCGAGCCGGGAUACCGGGCCUCGGCCGCCGGACGCUGCGAAGACGUGAACGAGUGCGAGGACGGAUCGGCGUGCGGGGCGCACGCCGUCUGUCAGAACGUCGCCGGAACGUACGCGUGCGUGUGCGACCGAGGCUUCGCCGCCGCGCCGGACGGGAACUCCUGCGUGGACGAGGACGAGUGCGCGUCCGCGCCGGGCGUGUGCGGUUCCGCUCGCUGCCGCAACCUGGACGGAUCGUUCGAGUGCGAGUGCGACACGCCGGGAGAAAAGUUUCAAGCGGACGGCGGGCGCUGUGCGAGCGCGCUCCAGCCAGAGACUCCCCCCGUCCGCUCUCCGUCGUCGUCCCUCCGCACGGGCAGCCCGGGGCUCGAAACGCCGGCCGCGCCGCCCCCGGCCCUCCCGGCCCUCCCGGCCCCCCGCCCCGGCGAGCUGAGGGACUGCUACUACAACCUGGACUCGUCGUGCAACCUCCUGGCCGCCAACAGCACCCUGCAGGAGUGCUGCUGCACGCUGGGGGGGGGCUGGGGCCUGGGCUGCGUCUACCGGGCCUGCCCCCCCGCCCACGCGGCCGAGUUCCUGUCGCUGUGUCCCAGCGGGAGAGGAUACGUCACCACUGGGGCGGCGACCUUCAGCUACACAGAUGUGGACGAGUGUAAGCGCUUCCAUCCCGAGGUGUGCAAGAACGGCGUCUGCGUCAACAACAUUCCGGGAUACCACUGUUACUGCUCCAGCGGGUUCUUUUACAGCGCCGCGCUGCUCGAGUGUGUCGACGUGGACGAGUGCGAGCUGGAGCUGUGCGGCGGGGGCUCGUGCGUCAACACGGCGGGCUCGUAUUAUUGCAGCUGCCCGCCGCCUCUCGUGCUGGACCAGACGCAGCAGAACUGCGUCAACGCCUCCCACCACAGCCCGGAUGAGAACCUGUCGGUGUGCUGGCAGACGGUGAGCCCCGAUCUGAUGUGCCAGAGCCCCCUUUUGGGGGCGCAGGUCACCUUCGGCGACUGCUGCUGCCUCUACGGCCGAGGCUGGGGCAUGGAGUGUGCGCUCUGCCCGCAGAGCGACUCGGAGGACUUGAGCAGGCUGUGCAGCUCGUUCCCUCCGGCCGUCUUCCCGGACCCGCUGGGACCGCAAAGAGGCGGAGGCCCCGCCUUCUCCUCGCCGUUCAUCGGCGACGCCUUCCCGCCGGACCUUUUCCCCGCCGACUCCGAUUACGACGACGACUUCUCUCCGGCGGCAGACGCUUUCGGCCCGCCUACGGACGACACCUACGGGGGAACCGGACGCUUCGAAGACUACGACGGGUGGCGGCCGCGGCCGCCGUUCCGCCGUCUGUCCCCGGAGCCGCUUCCGGAGGACCGGGCGGACGCGCCCCCUCUCGGGCCCAGGGGAUCUCCUUACGAGGACGAGCGGGACUCUUGGGGACCCGGACCGCCGUUCCCCCCUUAUGCGGGAGGCGACCCCAGGAGACUUUACGAGCGGCGCUACGACGAGUACGCCGGCCUGAGCGCGGCGGAGGAUUGCGGGAUCGCGGACGGCUGCCGGAACGGGACGUGCGUCCGCACGGACCGGGGCUUCACCUGCGACUGUUACCGUGGUUACCGGCUGGACGCCGCCGCCGUCACGUGCGCGGACGUGAACGAGUGCGACGGCGGCGCGGCCGUGGACUUCCCGUGCGUGAACUCGCGCUGCGUCAACACGGACGGUUCGUUCCGAUGCGUGUGUCGUCGCGGCUACGUCAUGUCGCGCUGGCCCAACCGCUGCGUGCCCGCCUAGACCGGACCGGCUGGCCGAAGCGGACCCCAAAGUGGACCCCGAAGACUCCAAAAGGGAAGCGCAGGUGACUUGAAUUCAAGCAAAUCCCGAACGUCCACCGAAGCGGCAAAAUUUGAACGUUAGCGUUUGGUCUUCGCUGCGUUCCGACGUUCAUUCGAGCUCUCUUUUGGCUUUAUUGAGCAUUUUUGGCGAGUUUUUUUUGGUUUUUUUUUUUCUUUUUCCAAACGUGACUCUAAAUUAACCCCAAAAAAGUGUUUUUCCACUUCAAUUUGUGACUACAAAAGCUCGCCUGCAACUAUUUUAUGCAUUUGGACGACGGCGUCAUUGUGUAAUACCAAAAAUGUCAAAGUUCACUUGAUUUGAAGACGAUGAAAGAAAGUCAUCUGGCGAUUACGCUGAUAUGCUCAAUCGUCUCUUUUCUACCAUUCGUGACAUAAUUCUAUAAGAACGGUUUGUAUUUUUGGGUAUUACUGUACUUUAAAUAUGUGCGUGUGUUGUCCUGGCACCUAAGCAGCUUCCAUACUGUAAAUAUUUCAUGAGAAAUAUUUCAACUUCACAAGGCACAUGGCGUAAGCGUUUCACUGUCAGUAUUCAUUUUGAAAAAUGUUGUGCACUCUCAUAAGCGCUGUUGUGUUCAUCUUUUAUACAGUCUGAGAUACUUUAUUGUACCGCAUAUUGUUUAUAUGACAAGAAAAGACAUUUGUACGCAUGGAGACAAGUUUGUGCGUUUGUGUCGUCGUGUGCGCGGCAGCCACCCCCACGCGGAGCGCCGUCGUGAACGCAUCCGCAAACGUUUCUUUGCGUUUUGGCGUUCCGUCGGCAGGGAGGCGGAGUCACUCGACCUCACAACAGCACUGCCUGUGACCCACGUCGGGAUAAGCGGCAAAUGAAAUGGAUGGAUGGAUAUUCACAAAAGAAGUGCUAUCUAAUCAGAAAUGGUCAAAAGCGCGAUGGAACGAUUGCAAUUGGACACAUCGGAAGCGCAAAAGUCCGCACACCCCCGCAGGUCCACAUCCAUCCAUCCGUCCGUCCGUCUUCCCCAAAACUUGGAGACAGUAAAUUUGUCGGCGUGCAGGUGAACGAACCUCUGCAGUCCAUAUUUCCACUUUUCAUCGUUGACAUGUGACACAAACAUUUUCUCAUCUCGGGUGACGUUUCAAACUCGUGAAGGACAAAAAGGGGAGCAUUUGGUGUUGCGGACCCCCCCCCCCCCCUCCCACACACACACAACACAAGUCCUCUCUC